GAGGCUGAGCCACGACCCCAUACACCCUCAGAAUGAUGUCUCACAGCCGUUUAUGUCGUUUUUAAUUUCUUCUUUCUCUUUUUUAGGAGCCAUCCAGUCUUUUGCAGGUUUUACAGAUUAUUUCACAGCUAUGGCGCAGGAGGGCUGGUUUCCACUCUUGUGUGUGGGCCUGCGCUCUCAGUGGGAGGACGUUCAUCUUCAGGACUUGCAGGACAGCUAUGGACAAGAAUGGACCUUCAGUCAGAGGCUGUACCAGGAGUAUACCUGCUACACGGUGUUUUUCGUGAGCAUAGAGAUCUGUCAGAUCUCAGAUGUGCUGAUCAGGAAAACUCGCCGUCUCUCCGUGUUCCAGCAAGGCUUCUUCAGGAAUCGUGUCCUGGUUACUGCCAUUAUCUUCCAGCUCUGCCUGGGUAACCUGCUCUGUUACUGCCCUGGAAUGCCCAACAUCUUCAAUUUCAUGCCUAUCAGAGUCCAGUGGUGGUUUGUUCCUCUUCCUUAUGGUAUUUUAAUCUUCGUCUAUGACGAGAUCAGGAAGCUGGGAGUCCGCAGAUAUCCAGGAAGUUGGUGGGAUCAGGAAUUAUACUACUGAGACCAGAGAGCCUCUUUCAAUCAUUCAUCCAUCUGCAUGAAAAUAUCACUCAUAAACAGAAUGCUGCAACUUACCAUACAUCUCUAUAACUUUGUGAUCUAUGUAUUUAUAGCUGAAACUAUCUUUUAAUAUCACCAUCAAGAGUCUGUUAAAAUAAGGAAAAAAGCAAUACCACAAUAGAUAAUUCCCACAAAUUCGUCAUGUUCCAGCUCUUUGACUUUGGCUGCGUUGUAUAUGUACAAAUAAAGAUAAAGACUCGAAUCGA